GCCUCGAGGCCGAGGAUUUCGAUCGAAGCCCUUCGUCGCCUAGACUAAGGGGCACAACCUAGAUCGCUCCCACUAACUGUACGGCCGUCGCACGGAACACAAGUCGGUCGAUUAUGCGUCUGAUCUUUUGAAUCCCGCGAAGUGUCGUGAGAUCGAUUCCAAAUUAGAGUAAUAAAAUCGAGAUAAUAAGAUCAAUUCUCUCGCGAAACAAAUUGCUACCAUGGAGUCCUGCGGGAUGAAUAUCAUCAAGUACAUCCUUUUCAUCUUCAAUCUGGUCUUCGCUAUAUCCGGUAUAGGUAUCAUCGCAGCCGGUGCGUGUGUGUUAGCGGAUGUUGGUGAAUUCGGUCACUUUGUAGAAGGCAGAAUAAUGGCACCGCCUAUAGUACUUAUAGUUGCGGGAGCUAUCGUUUUCAUUAUAGCUUUUCUAGGGUGUUAUGGAGCGAUCAAGGAGCACUAUCACAUAUUAAUCGCCUUUGCGGCCGCGCUGUUAAUAAUUUUCGUGAUUGAGCUCGCGGUGGGCAUAGCAGCGGCGGUGUUUAAAAACGAUUUCAGCAUGGCAAUGAAAGACACUCUGAAAGAUUCGAUGAAGAAUUAUUCGGAAACUGACAGGAUGGCCUGGGACAACGUGCAGAGAAAGUUGGAAUGUUGCGGCGUGGACGGUCCUAAUGAUUGGACCCCGUCUAAUGGAUUUACGUUAACUUUUCCGUCCUCUUGUUGCAAGCACGAUCCGCAAGUGAUUUGUCAGGUUAAUGAUGCAUCGGUAUAUCAGGAGGGUUGCUUUAGCAAGUUGGAAAUGCGGGUCCACAAGGGCGCUACGGUUUUAAUUGGCGUGGGUAUCGGGAUAGCUUUCGUGGAGAUCGCCGGUAUCAUCCUAGCUUGGUGUCUCGCUGCAACCAUAAAAAGGGAAACCGAUCAUAAAUGAAACGAGGUGUAUUAAUUUCGUUUUAUUUGUCAUAUAUAAAACGAGACGUCAAAUUAAAAAUUCCGAUAAUAAUACGGUAUAAAAAAAUUUACAUUUGAUUUCGUAUCAAUGAUGAAUCAAGAGAUCAAUACAUUCUUCGUGAACUAAUUAUUAUGAAGUUCACUUAUAAUAUAAUAUAAUAUCGCGCAUUGUAACUUUCCGUUCGUUCUUCGCGCUCGUCUCUUACAAUUAGCAGCACAAUAACGGAUCAAAACCUCAGACUUUAACUUUACUCAUAUUUAUCACAUUUUGUAACUAUGCUUCUGCUUUUAUAUACGCGAUAAAUAUCCGUUCCUGAGAAAACUAGAGAGAUAUGUUUCUAGAAUAGACCAAAAGAAACAUUAUAUAUAUUUCCUUUUAAUUGAAAGUUAUGUCGCUAAUUGUUAGUUUAUAAUUAUAAUGUACAUUUUACAACAAAUAUCACAAUAUAGAAUAAUUAUGGAUAUAAUUGAUGUGCUGUUGAUAUUUGUCAUAUAUUAAAUAUUGUAUCAUUAUAUAUAUAUAUAUAUAUAUAUUAUAUAGACUGAUAUUUUGCUUAUUAAAAAAUCAUUUUUUUGCGUGUUUCUAUAAAUGUGUGCCUAAUGCAAAUGUAGAUUGUAUAAUAGUAUGUUUUAUGUGCUAUUUAUAUAUAUCUGUAUAUUCCUACAAUAACUAUUUUGUU